GAACUCCGUUGAAAAAGAUCGGAGUAGUUUUUCGAAAAAUUUCCGUCUAAAACAGACCAGAUUGAUCUCCUACCUACGAAAAAUUAGAUACUCAUAAUUAUGGCGACCUUGGAGCGGUUGAUUCCGAGUUCGGUCCCGUCGGUCGCUCGGCAACCUAGUUUGGACGAUAUGAACCUAGACCAGUUCCUUAAGAUUUCCAACUACGAGGACACAGUAAAACAGCUCGAUAUUUACUACGGAAUUGUGAAGAGACAACUGUUGCAAUUUCAAAGUCCAAUCACCGGACUCUUUCCAGUGCUGAGCACCGAUCGCGAUGUGGGAAGUAUUCGGGAUAGUGUAUACUGUGCGGCAGCAAUCUGGAGCCUCUAUCAAGCCUACCGACGUAUUGAUGAUGAUCGUGGUAAAUCGUACGAACUGGGUCAGUCGGCAGUCAAGUGCAUGCGCGGUGUUUUGGAGUGUUGGAUUAAGCAAGCCCAUCGCGUGGAAAAGUUCAAAUCACGCCAAUGUGCCGUUAAUGCACUGCAUUGCAAAUUUCAUCUUAACACCGGAGAGGAAAUCUACUCGGACGAUAAAUACAACCAUUUGCAGAUCGAUGUAGUUUCGAUCUACCUCAUAUUUUUGGUUCAGAUGAUAUCCUCAGGGCUGCAGAUCAUUUACACACAAGAUGAGGUUGCAUUCGUCCAGAAUUUGGUGUAUUACGUCGAGCGAGCCUAUCGAACGCCCGACUACGGUAUGUGGGAACGUGGAUCUAAAUACAACGAUGGAACCCCGGAAAUACACGCUUCCUCGAUUGGAAUGGCCAAAUCGGCGCUGGAAGCUAUCAACGGCUGCAAUCUGUUCGGUGAAAAAGGAGCUUCCUGGAGCGUUGUCUACGUUGACAUCGAUGCGCACAAUCGCAAUCGCAGCAUUUUCGAAACCAUGCUACCUCGCGAAUCCAGCUCGAAGGGAGUUGAUGCUUCGCUGAUACCGACGCUGUCCUUUCCGGCGUUUGCUUCUCACGAGGAAAGGCUGGUUGAUUUGACUAAAAACAAUGUGGUGGCACGGUUGAAGGGAAAGAAGGGCUUUAAGCGGUUUAGUCGGGAUGGUUAUCUGUCACGGUUGGAGGAUAAAACUAGACGAUACUAUCACAAGGGGGAGAUCAAGGAUUUUGAUGGAUAUGAAUGUGAAUGGCCAAUGUUCUACACGUAUAUGAUUAUUGAUGGCGUUUUCAAGAACAAUUUGGAACAAAUCGAGGAGUAUCAAAUGGAAUUAAGGAAGUGCAUGCACUCGGAUCAGAAUGGAGAUCCUGUCGUUUCGAUGUGUUACGCCCCGGACGGCGACGGCAUGUACACUCGUGCAUCAUCUCAGGCAUUGUUCCUCUGGGGCCAGUCAGUUUUUAUAAUUGCCCAACUACUGACGGCUGGUUUGCUACACAUCAAUGAGCUGGACCCCAUUCGUCGCUAUUUGCCGUCCUACAAUCGACCCCGUAAAGGUGGCCGCUAUUCUGCUUUUCAGGCUAAGCCGGGAAUUGGUACUGCCACCGAUCUAGUGGUGCAAAUCGUGCUGAUCACGGAAUCGAUGCGCCUCCAAGCUAUGAUGGCCACCUAUGGUAUUCAAACGCAAACUCCUCACGAGGUUGAACCGGUUCAAAUUUGGUCUUCAACGCAACUAAUCAACGUCUACCAGCAGUUAGGUGUGAACGAAAAAAUCGGUCUCACCGGACGACCUCCCCGUCCAGUUGGUUCCUUAGGUACCAGUAAGGUGUACCGAAUUUGCGGUAUGACAGUGCUUUGUUAUCCGCUUAUUUUUGAGGUAUCCGAUUUCUACCUUUACCGUGACAUGGCCUUGCUAAUUGACGAUAUCAAAACUGAACUCCAAUUUGUCGGAAAAUAUUGGCGCCUGUCCGGCCGGCCUACCGUGUGCUUGCUGAUUCGCGAGGAGCACAUGCGCGAUCCGCAGUUCAAGGAAAUGAUCGAUCUGCUGGCGAUGUUGAAGAAAGGUUACUGCGACGGAAUGAAGGUCCGCAUCGGUCGGCUGCAGAAUUUGAUCUCCAGCUCCUGUAUCGAACAUCUGGAUUUUAUGUCCCCGUCAGAUUUGCCCGAUGCUGUCGAAUCAUCGUUCGCUCAGCUUCAUCACGAUUACAUUGGCUAUCAAAGUUUGACGGACGUUCCCCGUGCGCAGUCCUAUCGGGAGCGCAAAAUCAGCGCCGCUGAAUAUCAGACCCGAUCCACUCCGGACAUCAUCGAUGGACUCCGAAAUACGGAGUCCAUAUUUUUACAGUGUCAAUUGUUGGGUAUUUUGCUUCACCGUGAAGGCGCACAUUAUGAAAUAUCCGGCGAGUCAGUUCACAACAGGUUGACCGAGUUGUAUUACAGAGCCGGAACUCUAAGAUAUUGGCGUGCCGUACGAUAUUGCAGCUCUCUGCUGCGCCAUAUUGUUGACUCCAUUUCGCCCUUCAUCACAACGGUGCUGGUCAACGGGAAGCAGAUCACGGUCGGGGUGAUCGGACAGCGGGAAACCGUUUUCGACAAACCGAUGACCCCGUCUGAGAUUCAAAAUGUCAUGUACUCUACCGUUCAACCGUAUGAUGUUAUUCACGCUGUACUGCAGCAAGAAGUGGUGCUCUACAUUGGCCGACUGAUUGCCACAAAUCCUGAUAUUUUCAAAGGUAUUCUUAAAAUUCGAGUCGGUUGGGUGCUGGAAGCUAUGCGACUCUAUCUGAACAUGACCGGGGACGAAGGAGCUGACAUUGAAAAUCUCUCACCGUUUCACAUUCGCAAACUGCUCCAAAGGGUGCUUUCCGUAAGCGAAUAUACCACAGAAGAUCCCUUCAGUGCCCUCCAAAGACGCCAACUGGAGGGCUGUCUGUUCCGAGUGCCACCAACCUUCUACAACCACGUGUGGGACGUUCUGGAGCGUACGCCGCUGGGCAUCACGGUGCAGGGUCACAGCCUGCCGGCAACCACGACCCUAUCGAACAAAAGUCGCAGCGAAUUUUCCUUCGCACUGCAGGUGGAAGAAAUGCUAAACAAAAUCAACCAACCCGAGCGGCGCCAGAUUGCUGUGGAACUGCUCUGCAUUGUCGCUACGAUUUUGCGCCGCAAUCCGGAGCUGCGCUUCAAUCAGGUGCUGGAUCUGGACUUCCUGCUAGAGGAUUCCUUUAACAUGUACUGCAAAGAUCACGGCCUGCCGACGACGAAGGACAUUUCGCCGCUGUUUUCUCUAUCGCAAACACAAACCACCGGUUAUUUGGCUCGUGCCGCGGUCAAUAGCGUCCUGCAGCGGUGUGCCCUCAGCACCGAGGAUUUCGCCGAAGACGUCGAAGAUCACUGCCGGGUGCAGUAAAAUAAUAAAAAAAAAAACAGUUGCGCAACGCUUCGUUCCUCAUGCUCGGUGCUGUCCCGCAAAGCGUUUUGAUUAAUGAUUGCAAUAGUUUUCUAAUGUAAGCCUUAUAUCCGCUUCUUUAUUUUAUGAUUAUUUUACAACUCUCAGAUUGAGUUAAGCAUGUUUCGAUUGAUCUACAUCCAAAGAAAGUUUUAAAUGUUGACUUGGCCAUCUGUAUCGUUUUUAAGAAGCUUUUGAAGCAUUAUGUUAAGUGAAAUUUAUACUCUACACACGCAAGUAAUCAGCGACCAGAAAAUGUGUUGCUGGUAUUAACAAAAUA